AUGAACAGCGGCGCUGGAGUAGGGGGGUUAGCACUCGCCGCGUUUAUCAGUCGCAACCCGCAAGUUGAAGUCGUCGUAUGUGAAUCUAAGCCUGAAGUGUCUGCAGCCGGCGAAGCGAUAGCAAUCUGGAAACGGAGUUGGCAAGUCUUCCAGGACAUGGGCUUGGAGGAAGAACUAGCCAAGCGCAACUUCCCAACACCCAAGGAAGGAGAAGUCAGGGGACCUAUUUACAGGAAAUCUGACCAGAAAGAGGACGGAUACGAUUUCCAUAGCCAUCUUAUGCCAUAUGGGCCUCUGAGCAUACCAAGACCUAAGCUCUUGGAGAUGUUACAGGCAAAACUGGGUCCAAAUUGCAAAGUACUGACCUCCAAACGCGCCAUAGAUUUCGUCGUGGAAGACAAAAGCGCUCAGGUCGCUGUAUUGUUCUCUGAUGGCACACGCGACACCGCGGAUAUCGUGAUCGGAGCCGAUGGUGUCCAUUCAACCACCAGAAAAUGGGUUUUCACAGACUUUGCCAAUCAACAAACAGACCCUGUUAAGGCGGAAGCCUACCUACAACUCGUCCCCCCAAAAUGGAGUGGCACAUAUGCAUAUAGGUGCAACGUCUCAGCAGAGGCAUUGCAAGCUAAAUUCCCGGGCCAUCGUGCCCUCACUAAUCCAUACAUAGUGAGUAACACGAGUGAUAGAGGUCACGUCGUUUCGUAUCCAUUCGGUGCUGUAGUGCAUUUUAUCUGCUACUAUUCGCCCCCUGGGAAAAUGCUGGACACCGUAGGCGAUGCGCAUGUCGUGGAUGUUCCUAAGCAACAUGUAAUCGACGCAUUUGUCGACUGGGAGCCCGAGGUCUGUGGUAUGCUCGAGGUAGGUUAUCAGUUCAGUAGAUGGACUAUCUUCGUCGUGGAAGGCCUUCCAUUCGCUGUCAACGGAAGAGUUGCCCUCGUGGGCGAUUCGGCGCAUGCAAUGACCCCCCACCAAGGAGUCGGAGGUGGCCAGGCUAUUGAGGACGCUCACCUUCUUGGGCGCCUCUUAGCCCACCCGAAGACUACCAAGGACAAUUUGCCUGUCGUUCUGCAGAUAUACCAAGAUAUUCGCCUCCCAUUUGCUCAGCAAAAAGCUGAGCGUUCUCGCCUCAACGGCCUGAUGUAUGAGUUCAAUCACCCGGAUUUCCAAGUCAACUCGAAGUCAUCAAGGGACGAGAUGGAAUCUUUGGGGAAGGCUGUUGGGGAGACGUUUGGAUGGUUGGCUAAAGGAGGAUGCGAUGAUGAUUGGAUGGAAGCCGAGGAACGGCUGAACAAGCUUGCUGCGUAG